CCCCCGAUAAGGCACAGGGUUUCCUGGGCGCAGCAAAGCAGCGCUGUUGAUUGUUCCACGCGAAGAUUAUUCAUCAUGGUGCAACGGGAGCGAGACCGUUAUUUGUGUACAUCAGAUGUUUUGUUUCUCGCUGGAAAUGUGCUGAAUAGACAGAGCUAAACCAGGUUGGUGAUUUAAAAAGUGCCUUUGUGAAGUCACUUUUACGAGAGAGGAUUCCAGCGCCUGUGUUUUCCAAGUACUGUCCUUGCCAGCUAGACAUUGCCUUGACCUUGCACGUGGCAGAAGAUACCUCAACUGCCUUGGUUUGCCAAUUCAUCGAUGUGAAGCAGACUUCUAUAUAGAAGGAAGGCGACGAAGAAGAAAAAAUUAUUACUGGGACACAAGCAAAUGACUGCGUUGCUUUUCUUGUGUAAUCAAUACCAGCGAGUGAUCAGCAAGGGAUUACUGUGCUCUCGAGGAGUGCCAUUGCACUGAAGAACCUUUCCUUAAAACUGGAGGGUCAGUGACACAAUCAACAGGCCCAGACGUUUUACAGACAGAAAUGCUACUGAGCAUGGUUCUUUUCAGCCAAAAGUCUACAAGUGGGACUUAAUGAUUCAUCAAUCAGGUGACUGCUUGCUGAUAAACUUUCUCUGCAUUUUUUGCUUUGUGUGUGUUGGACAUUCUUAAUCCUCCCCCAACACUUUAAAAAACAAAAAACGAACACUUCCUUUCCAAUUGGAAUUAUUUUUCUGGUUAUUUUUCCCCCUUUUCCCCCCUUUCCCCCCAUCAGUGUUUUUUUGGAAAUCUCUUUGGCACUUGACAGCAAUUUGCAGCAUUUAAAUCAGCUUUUCAUCAUGGCUUUGAAUGUUGCUCCUGUAAGAGAUACAAAAUGGCUAACGUUAGAAGUGUGCAGACAAUUUCAGAGGGGAACUUGUUCACGCUCUGAUGAAGAAUGCAAAUUUGCACAUCCUCCUAAAAGUUGCCAGGUUGAAAAUGGAAGAGUUAUUGCCUGCUUUGAUUCCUUAAAGGGUCGUUGUACAAGGGAAAACUGCAAGUACCUUCAUCCACCAACACAUUUAAAAACUCAACUGGAAAUCAAUGGCAGGAACAACUUAAUUCAACAAAAAACUGCAGCAGCAAUGCUUGCUCAGCAAAUGCAGUUCAUGUUUCCAGGAACACCGCUACAGCCAGUGCCCACAUUUCCAGUGGGUCCCACAAUAGGAACGAACACGGCAAUUAGCUUUGCUCCUUACCUAACACCAGUAACACCCGGAGUGGGCUUAGUCCCGACUGAGAUCCUACCCACGCCACCUGUCAUUGUUCCUGGAAGUCCACCGGUUUCAGUCCCUGGUUCAACUGCUACCCAGAAACUCCUCAGGACUGAUAAACUGGAGGUGUGCAGGGAGUUCCAGAGAGGAAACUGUGCGCGUGGAGAGACUGAUUGCCGCUUUGCGCAUCCUGCAGACAGCACAAUGAUUGACACAAACGACAACACCGUAACCGUGUGUAUGGAUUACAUAAAAGGUCGUUGCAUGAGGGAGAAAUGCAAGUAUUUUCACCCUCCUGCACAUUUGCAGGCCAAAAUCAAAGCGGCGCAACACCAAGCCAACCAGGCUGCAGUGGCAGCCCAGGCAGCUGCGGCAGCUGCGACUGUGAUGGCCUUUCCUCCUGGUGUUCUUCACCCUUUACCAAAGAGACAAGCACUUGAAAAAAGCAAUGGUGCCAGUGCCGUUUUCAAUCCCAGUGUCUUGCACUAUCAACAGGCUCUUGCCAAUGCUCAGUUGCAGCAACAUGCAGCAUUUAUCCCAACAGAUAAUCCUGAAAUAAUCAGCAGAAACGGAAUGGAAUGUCAAGAAGCCUCCCUGCGAAUGGCAAAACCCGGUUACUGUACAUACUAUCCUGUCUCCUCCUCUCUAGAGUUGCCACAAACUGCAUGCUAAGUAACAAAUUUGUUCUGACGGACAAAUCACAAACUCUUCAAAAAAAAAAAAAAAAAGGAAAAAAAAAGCUAGUGCUGCUAUGUUAUAUAUGAAUAUUAAAUAUGGUAUGCUUACUAUAUUCCAACCUAAAAUAGUUAACUACCUGAUACCAGCUGUGAUGUUUCAAGACAUAAAAGGUAACAUUUAGUUUUAAAGGUUUUCUAAACAUAGUUUACUUCUUGCAAAUAUUGUCUUUUCUCCAUAACUAUAACCUACAGCAAACAGUCCAAUUAAGUUAGUCUUGUGAGAUUCAGUGUUUAUGAAUCUUUCAAGUUCAGCAAUAAUUAAUUUGUAUUGGCUAAAAUCUUAUUCCAGUUGCAGGUUUAAUUUUAACCCCAAUUAUCAAUGGGUUUCUUCUUGGUUUAAAAAUCUUGGUUUUGCUCCCCUAGUGAGUUGAUUCCAAGACAAAGAAAAUGAAACAAAGCGACAUCCCCUGCCAAUUUAGAUAUUUUAGCCAGAAAUCCAAAGUAAAGCACAAAUUCUUUAGAUGCACAUAGCUGAUGUUCAACUUGUAUGGAGAAAUUGCAUUUGAAUCAUAGCAGAAUAGCGGAAGAAAAUUAAAAAAUUUGCACAGUAUGAGCUUCAUACCCCCUUCAAUCCCCAAAAGAACAAAGUCUUGAAAAUAUUAUUUUACAAGUAUAUUUAUAAUGUUUUUAAAAGAGACUUUGCAGAAGUGCCUAAAUUUUGUCACAUCAGACUUGAUGAAAGUGAGCCUGAUGCCAACAGUCUAAUCUUACAGGAAGCGAAUAAUCUUUCAAACUCAUAAUCGGGUUACCAAAAAGAUCCAAGCUGUUAAGCAACUUCUAUAAAUGUAAAAUCAAACAAAAAGACCAAACAAAAGGAGAAAAAGAAGGUGUAGAUGACGAGAUUUGUAUGAUAUUCUAAUUUAAUUAAAAUUCAGUUUAGUCACUGAAACUUGAUAAGUGACUUUAAUCUAGAUUAUUAACUGAACAUUAAGAAUGUAGGAUGAGAUUCAGUUUCAUAAAUCAUUACUGUAUUUGCAUUUUUUUAAAUUGGAUUAUCAGAUUGUAACCAGAUUAGAGUGGAGAAAAAAUAGUUCUUUUAAUUGUUUUUCUUUAAAAACAUAUUUUGUGUCACAAAAGUGUGAAGAUAUCUUUAAUACAGUUAUAUACAUAUUAUAUAUACAUACAUACAUAUAUAUGGAUG